UCCCGUGAUUGGCUGCGCCGCCCCCACGUGACGCCGGGCUGGCGGCGGCGGUUGCCGGGGCGACAGCUGGAUCAGUGGCGGCCGAGCCGGUUAAGGGAGCGUGCCCGCGGCCGUGCAGCAGAGAUUUUUGCUGUGAGAAUUAACAGUAACCGUUCAAUAUGGGGGAUGUUCUGGCUCAUGAAUCAGAAUUACUUGGACUUGUGAAAGAGUAUUUAGAUUUUGCUGAAUUUGAAGACACCUUGAAAACAUUUUCAAAAGAAUGCAAAAUAAAAGGAAAGCCAUUAUCUAAAACAGCAGGUGGCUCUUUAAGGGACUCCAGAUCAUUGAUCAUCCAGAAGGACCUCGUUGCUGCAUUUGACAAUGGCGACCAGAAGGUGUUCUUCGAUUUGUGGGAGGAGCACGUUCCCAGUUCCAUCCGAGAUCGUGACUCCCUUGCCCAGAAGUUGGAAUUCUAUCUUCACAUCCAUUUUGCCAUCUAUCUUCUGAAACACUCCUUAGGGAGACCUGACAAAGAGGACCUGGAUGAGAGGAUUUCUUAUUUCAAAACCUACCUGGAGACCAAAGGGGCAGCGCUGAGCCAGACCACGGAGUUUCUCCCUUUCUAUGCUCUGCCUUUUGUUCCCAACCCCAUGGUCCACCCCUCGUUUAAAGAGCUCUUCCAGGAUUCUUGGACUCCAGAAUUAAAGCUGAAGUUGGAAAAGUUUCUGGCUUUAAUUUUUAAAGCCAGCAACACACCAAAGCUUUUAACGUUAUACAAGGAGAACGGACAAAGUCAUAAAGAAGUGUCACAGCAGCUCCACCAGCAGCUGAUAGAAGCCGAGCGAAGGUCAAUGACAUACCUGAAGCGGUACAACAAGAUUCAGGCAGACUACCACAAUCUCAUCGGGGUCACAGCAGAGCUGGUGGAUUCUCUGGAGGCCACAGUCAGUGGCAAGAUGGCUUCAACCAUGUUAAGAGCCUCCUUGGCACCCGGGAAACUGAAGGAUGUCCCAUUGCUGCCCUCCUUGGAUUAUGAGAAACUGAAGAAGGAUUUGAUUUGGGGGAGUGACCGCUUGAAAGCCUUCUUGUUGCAGGCUCUGCGCUGGCGCUUGACCACAUCCCAUCCUGGAGAGCAGAGGGAGACCGUUCUGGAAGCCUACGUCGGCAACGACCUCCUGGAUUGUCACAGCCACAGCCAGAGGAGCGUGCUCCAGCUGCUGCAGUCCAGGAGUGAGGUGGUUCGGCAGUACAUGGCCCGGCUUGUCAAUGCCUUCGCGUCCCUGGCAGAAGGUCGCCUCUACCUGGCCCAGAGCACAAAGGUGCUGCACAUGCUGGAGGAAAGGCUGAAGGAGGAGGAUGAGGACAUCGUCACCCGCGAGAACGUUCUCGGGGCCUUGCAGAAGUUCAGCCUCAGGCGCCCGCUGCAGACAGCAAUGAUUCGAGAUGGCCUCAUCUUCUGGCUGAUUGAUAUUCUGAAGGACCCCGAUUGCCUGUCGGACUAUACACUGGAGUACUCGGUGGCUUUGCUCAUGAACCUCUGCCUCAGGAGUGCAGGGAAGAACAUGUGUGCCAAGGUGGCGGGUCCGGUGCUAAAAGUUCUGUCGGAUCUGCUCGGCCAUGAGAACCACGAGAUACAGCCGUAUGUGAAUGGAGCUCUGUACAGCAUCCUUUCUAUUCCAUCCAUUCGUGAGGAAGCAAGAGCAAUGGGAAUGGAGGACAUCCUUCGCUGCUUCAUCAAAGAAGGCAAUGCUGAAAUGGUCCGCCAGAUCGAAUUCAUCAUAAGGCAGCUUAAUUCAGAAGAGCUGCUGGAUGGUGUUCUUGAAUCUGACGAUGAUGAAGAUGAAGAUGAUGAAGAGGACCAUGACACUAUGGAAGCUGAUCUGGACAAAGAUGAGCUGAUCCAGCCCCAGCUUGGAGAGCUCUCAGGCGAGAAGCUUCUGACCACGGAGUACUUGGGAAUUAUGACGAACACGGGGAAGGCGAGGCGGAAGGGCCUGGCCAGUGUGCAGCAGAGUGCCGACGAGCCCCUGCGCCGGCCCAUCACCCCCGGCGGCCACAGGACCGGGUACCCAGUGUAAGUCCGGGCUAACGGAGGCGGGGAGUUCUUUUCUUAAGCUUUGUUUUAACUGCAGUGUAAGAUGUGUGUAUUGAAAAACUCAAAAUAAAACGUUCACAUUGGAAAGCAUUUAUCUCUUCAUUGUUUCUCUCUCGGGGAUUUUUGAGGGGAAAGAGGUUGUCUCCUUCACCCCCGGCUUUCUUCUUCCAAAAAAUGAAGUGGUUGGAUUUCAGGAUCUCCAGGCACUUCCAGCCUUCGCCCAGAAGAAGCCAAGUGUCGGCCAAUGUAAUUUCAAAGGCAAGGACCAGAAGGAGCAGUGGUGGGUCCACCCAACAGGCCUCGGGUUGCUUUUGUUCUGCACCCCUCCCCCACCAUCGCACUGGGCCUUCUGUUGGGGUGGAGUGUCACAGGUUAAGACAUCAAAUCCACUUAUCUUUAGAUAAACACACUCACUUUUUAAAGCAACUCUAUGCACGUUUAGCGGCCUAGCUUUCUUCAUAACCUUGCUCCUACCUCGUUGAUGUGAACACAGUUUUAGAGUGGUUACCCAGAACCUGGGACCAACCUGGGGACCUGGGGGCCUAGACCCCUGUGGGCUCUCGGGGAGCCCCAGGCCAGUCAGUCCAACUGUCUAGAGAGAAUGGCAGAGAGAAACAGGUACGAGCGAGGGGGUUAUAGAGAGCAGGAGAAAAACCUACAAAUAUUGGCCAUAAAAUAGUUCAAAUGAAUAGGCCAUAUUUUACUUAGUUAUCCCCCAUAGCUGGGCAGUUUGGUUGUUUCCAGUUUUACUCUAUAGUAAUUUGUAAUGAACAGCCAGGCACCUGCCGAACAGCCACAAACAGAGCACGGAAAUGCCAGCCCUGGAGCUCCGUGUGUGGCUGCCGGGGAUGCCGAGGCCCCUGCACCCAGAUCUGCCAAGUGCUCUUCCCACGUGGGACCUGACCUGUAAGUAUUUCCAGGCCCACAUCGUGGACUGGUGCUCUGUUUGAUUUGAUUUCAGAACUGGUCGUCACGUGCUUCAUAUUUCAAGGUUCUUAUUUUAAACUGCUAAUAAUGUAUCUUUCUCUUAAACUUACUGUCAGUGUAUUUUAACUUAGCUUCCAGUUAUGAACAUUUGGCACCUUUGCGUCCUCUCUCAGUCUCCUUCUAGUGCAUAAUAUGUAAUUUACGCACAUAUACUUUGUUUUGCUGAACAGUUUGAAAGGAGGUUGCAGACUUGCAGCAUGCAUCCCCCAAGAGUAAGAACAUCUUGUACUUAACCACAAGUACAAGAAAGUCACACCUAAGAAAGUCAACAUUCACGUAACACUCUGUAGUAUAUCGGUAUUCCCUAACUGUCCCCAAAAUGUCAUUUGUAUCAGGUUUUGUGUUUGCUUGUUUGAUCUGGAAUAUAGCCAAGUGUCAACUACUAGUAAAUCUAGUUUAUAUCUUUUUAAAUGGAAGUGGUAACAGGCGCUGAUAAAAUUCAUCUUGCUUAACAUGGGAUAGAGGAUGCCAAAUCAUCAUCUUUAAAAAUUAAGAUUAUCUUUUAAAGUUCUUGAAACCCAGAGAGGCAACAGUGACGUGAGGAUAUUUAGUUAGAAAUGAGGAUAAAGAGAGUCUAAUAAAUAGAAGAUCUAACCAAUGGGCACCGUUAAUUCUGGGGUCGGGUGUUCUACCUUGUGGAGAGGAAGAAGAGGAUGUCUUUCCAUGCCAGGGAUGUCCCCUGACUUGUGGGACGGAGAGGACCUCAUUUUCCUGGAACUGGACCCCCCAACUCUAGUGCAAUUGCCCAGCUCCCUCCAUUGGGCCAGUUCUACAGACAUUUGUAUCACUUCUGAGCACCAGAUGGUGUGCUAAUUUCUAGCGAAACAAGAAUAAAUGAGAUGUGAUUUCUGGCCCCUUAGAAGCACACAAAGCCAUGGUCAAUGUCCUGUGGUCAGUGGAGGGUGGCGGAUGCCGGGUGCCCCCCGCACUCGGCAGAAAGUCAACUUACAGGAUCUUGAGUUAGCCCCUGUAAAAAGUGUCUGUGACCCCACAAAGCCAGCUGGCUCUGAUCCCCUAGUGCUGCCAGGAAUGUCAACUGAGGACCUCCGUGAUCUUGGAGACGCUGGCAGUACAUUCCACACACGUUCCAGGUACUAGUACUUCUGGGGUCAGUAAUCCCACCUCUAGGGUUUGGUGCUGAGAAGCAAUCAGAUGCUCACAGAUAUAUAUACAGGGCAUUUAUGGCAGUAGUCAUAAGAAGUCUAAAUGGGGCACCUGGGUGGCUCAAUCGGGGAAGCCAUUCGGCCCAGGUCAUGAUCUCAGGGUCAUGAGAUCGAGCCCCGUGUCGGGCUCUGCGCUGGGUGUGGAACCAGCUUAAGAUUCUCUCCCUCCCUCUCUAAAAAAACAAAGAAAAACUUAUUCAUUAAAAAAAAAAAAAGUAGAAUCAAAAUGCCCAAAGUAGGAGGCUGUUUACAUAAUUAUAUAGUCACACAACACAGUAUUGAAAAUGAUGUUUUAGAAGAAUACUUAAUACAUGAGGAGAGCCUCACAAUAUAUUGCUAAGUGAAAAAGCAAAUUAUAAAACAGGGUAGAUCCAGCCUGCUGGCCACUUAUAGUGAUCCCAAGUUUAUUUUUUUUAAGUAUAUAUUUGCAUUUUUUAAAAGUGAAAAGAUAUCAGAUGUUAAUCAGGGUCGUGUCUAGGUAUUGCGAGGGCAGGACAUUCUGUGUAGCCCAUAUAUUUUCCUAAUUUUUCAUGAUCAACAUUUACUGGUUUUUUAAUCAAGAAAAGAAAGUUUAAAAUAAAAAGUCACCCUGCACAGCUCAGGGCCCUCCCUCACCCCAGCCCUCCCUUGGCCUAUUUCCUCCGCAACCCGCCCCCCACCCGCCCCGCCUCACCGCUCCGUGGGUUCUGGGUCUCUCCCCUCUGCUCACUGUCCAAACUUGGCGCCAUCAUUUAACACCUCGUUGCUCCACCUUCACCCUCCCUUCCUACUGCUUUCCUUCCCCAGGCCUCCCCACAGGCUCCCAGGCCCCCAGCCCCCCUCGCCCAGGCCCUCUCUGCCUGCUUCCACGCCCCCUGCCCUCCCUUCUCGGCCCACGCGGCCCACCAGUGACUUCAAGUUACCGCUGCCACGGCCACCAGUGACCUCGCAGCUGCUUCUUUUUUUUUUUUAAUUAAAAUUCAAUUAGCCAACAUCUAGAGUAUCUUUCGUUUCAGCUGUAGAGUUCAGUAAUUCAUCAGUUGCAGCUUCCAAGCCGAGGCCGCACAGCGUCCCUCACGGUCGCCACUGCCGACCACCCUCCUGGUCACUGUCCCACCCCCACACCCUGCUGCCACGUGGGCUUGGCCCCUAACUCACCCCUCUGCCUCCUAAAAUGCCUCAUUUCUGGCCCCUACCAGCAUCCUGCUUCUCCGCGGGUUUCCUUACACACUCCAGGCACCCAAAUCUCACUCCUUUCCAGACUUGCGCCAAGCGCGAGGGGUGUCCCCCCAGCACCCCAAGUUAGCGCUUCCUAGGUGAACACCGCUGUCUUCUGAGCCCCCCGCUUCAGGGAAUGGCGCUAAUACCCCCAAACCCCCGAGCCAGAAUCCUGCCCCCUGGCCGCCGAGCCCUCUCCUCCCUCUGCUCUCCCAGCCCUGGCCUCCCCUCUGCCCUCCUGAGCCACCUCUUCGCCCCUAAUGGUGCCCCCGCCACGGUCUACCGUCCGCCACCCUAGAAUGAGAUUUCUAGCACAUCAUCACGGAAGGGCAUUCCUGUCUCCCUGAGGGAUCAAAUCUAACCAAACGCUGGCUGACAAGGUCCUUCUCAGUUGACCCCCCCCCCCCACCUUGGGCCUCGAAGUGCCCCCGGCCCCGGACACCCUGUCCCCUCUAGCCCGCAGUUUCUGUGGUGCCUUAAAUCUUUCUGCAACAGUGCGGCACUUUUGUUUGUUUCCGCCUCGGCAUCUGCCUCGCGGUGUUACCUCUGUUGGAAAAUGUUCCCUCUUUUGGCCCCAGGCAGCCCGAGCUGGACUGGCUGCAUGCCCCCCCCCCGCACACACAGACACACACACACAGAGACACACACACACACAGCCUUUCCUGCCCCUCGGGGUGGCUUAGCGUCUGUUUGUCUUUGCUACUGGAGCUGACAUUCAAGAACGGCCAUCUCCUGGGGCCCAGCCCUGGGCGGAGCGCCACAGGCUCGCCGCGCUGCGUCUCCCACCAAGCCCUCGCUGGGCAGGUGGCGAGUGUCUCCUUGUUGAAGAGAAGCCAGUGUUGGGCUGCCGGGCCCACCUGGAGAGCCUUCCUCGGGAUCUGCUGUCAAGGCUGAACGAGGAGCCGACCUCCCUCCCGCCACCUCUCGGGGCCUUGCUGGCCCGGGCCCCCCGUCUCUGGCGCCCGGCUGCUGGGGGGGGGGUCCGGUACCAUGAGGCGCCCAGUCCGUGUCUGCCGGGUGAAUGGGUCUCCACCGACCCGGGUGCUGGCAGCCGUGCAGACGCCAUGGGGCUGGUGAUGCAGAGAGCGAGCUCCUCCCGGGCCCGGGCCUGCCGAGCUCUUGCUGUCACGGCUGACAGGACACGUCACGUCUUUCUGAUUGCAUUCGUCCCUUCGGCUCAUCUGCUUCCUCCUCUGCGGAAAAACCCGAAGAUUGGUACCUUAAAUGGUUUGGUUGAGAUGUCACGUUCCCAUGUCCCCCAAAGCCAGAAGAUACCAUUUUCGUGUUAGAAAGAUAGGAAGCCAUGUAUCACUGUAAAUGUUGAGGAGCUACCAGGGUAUUUUCUAGUUUCCGCCA